UAAUCCCUCUUUACCCUUCCAAUUCAAAAUUCAGCCAAACUAAGAACAUUUCAUUGUUGCAAUGUUCAAUUCAAUUCUUCUUCUCAUUGCUAUUGUCCCUGCAUUGUUUUUUAGCUUUGUGAAUUCAAUGCGGUUUGAACUUAAAUCAGGUGAACCUAAAUGUAUCACUGAGGACAUCAUGAGCAAUGCCAUGACCGUCGGUAAUUACUCCGUUGUUAAUCCCAAUGAAGGUUCUCCAAUUCCUGAUUCUCACAAGAUAACUGUCAGGGUCCGUUCACCUUAUGGGAACAAUUACCACUUUGGUGAGCAUGUAACUUCCGGUAAUUUUGCAUAUACUACGGUUGAAGCCGGUGACCAUACAGUUUGUUUUUCGGUGUUGGAUCAUGAACCAUCAAUAACUGUGAACAUUGAUUUUGAGUGGAGGACUGGGAUUUCUGCCAAGGACUGGUAUAAGAUUGCAAAAAAAGAUCAUAUUGAAGUAAUGGAAUCUGAAAUACAUAGGUUGUACCAAAUUGUGACAUACAUCCACGACGAGAUGUAUUAUCUUCGAGAGAGGGAGGCAGAGAUGCAAGAACUUAACAUAGCUACUGAUAAUAAGAUGUUUAUCUUCAUUUUCCUUUCAAUCAUAGUUUGUUUGUCUGUUGCUGGUUCACAACUAUGGUAUUUGAAGGUAUUCUUUGAGAGGAAGAAGGUUCUUUAA